CACCGGUGGCAUCGACUGAUAUCGGAAGUCGAGUCCUCUUCCUCUUCGAUAAACCCAAUAUUUUGCAAUAAAAGAAUUUAUUUUAAAACCAAACUCGCAGCACUUCUUUCCCAGCCGAGUGCAGUGUUUGUGAAAAUCGGUCUAAAAACGGGGUAAAAAAAGCGCUGACGUACGCGAUUCACCCGCUGUUCGAAUUGGUCGCUUCCAGUUGUUUUUGUUGUUUUCUGUGUAUCUCGCAACGGCCAACUGAUGAGCCUCAAUUGUUUUCAUUAACGCAACGAGAGUCGCCCCGCCUCCCGUGCCGUAUUCCCGCCCCACCCCCAACCUCACCGAGUUUCCAGUUAGGCCGCCUGACCCGCCCAAAUCCCUCCCCUCCCUCCCUCUUUGCCAUGGCCAGCAACAGUUUUGGGGGCGUGGCAGGUGUGAACGGCGAUUUGUGGAGGGAGUGCGUCGCCUGGCUGACCAGGUGCAAGGUCAUCCCACCCGACCACAAGGCCGCCCAGGCGGACUCGGAGAUCCGCAUCCUGGCCAUGACACUGCGCGAUGGAGUCCUCCUGUGCAAUCUGGUCAUCCAUUUGGAUCCGAGCAGCAUGGAUCCGCGGGAUUUCAAUCGCAAGCCGCAAAUGGCACAGUUCCUGUGCAGCAAGAACAUCAAGCUGUUCCUGGACGUGUGCCACAACAAUUUCGGGAUCCGCGACGGCGAUCUCUUCGAGCCAACUAUGCUGUACGACCUGACCAACUUCCACCGCGUCCUCAUCACACUCUCCAAGCUGUCACAGUGCCGCAAGGUGCAGCAGAUGCAUCCGGAUCUUGUUGGUUUCAACCUGCAGCUAUCGCCCAGUGAGCGUUCCCAUUCGGACGAAGCCAUCUACAAGGACCUGCAUUCCACCGAUCUGAGCAUGCGGAAGACGAGCAGCAUUGACGUCUCCGCUUCCGCCUCCUCGUCGGCGGAGUAUUACGAUAGAACCUCGCAGAGCGGCUCGCUGGACGAGAAUAGCGACAUAACCAUCGAGAACGGCACCGAGGACAUCGAUGACUACAUCGAGGACUCGCUCUCCAACAUGUGCGACUCGACCAUCGAUAAUGAUUUGGAUGAUGCGAGUGUGGAGACGCCACUGCUGGGCGGCCAGAGCAGCGAUUCGCGGGCCCUCUCCUUUGAUCUCACCCUGGACGUGGUUUCCUCCACAACGGAUUCCGCCUCCAAUGCGGUCACGCCCACCCCGGAAUCCUUUGCCCGUCAAUGUGAAGCGGCCUUGGCCAACGAAGCAGCGGCCGACGUUACUUCCUCUACGCCGGGGCCGCCAAUGGGCCGUCUAGUGUCCACGUCCUCCUCCUCGUCGCUCUUCGUCAGCGAGAGCCAGCGACUGCAGAAGGCGGCCGCCGCCGUCUACAACUAUCGAUCCUCGAUGGCGUCCACGGAGCACGAGUACGCCUACAUCUACAGCGAGGACGACGAUAAGGUCUACGAGGACCUCUGCUACGUCACCUUCCAGGCGAAGGCCAAACCCGAGGUUACCACCGACAAUAUUGCAUGCAAUGGAACCGGUUACGACCACACCAACACAAAAGAAGAGGAGGUGUACCAAGAUCUGUGCGCCCUGCAAAGGACGAGUAGAAGCCAGACCGCCUCGACGACGAGCUUUGAGCAGCGCGACUACGUCAUCCGGGAGCUGAUCGACACGGAGUCCAACUACCUGGACGUGCUGACCGCACUGAAGGCAAAGUUUAUGGGUCCCCUGGAGCGGCACCUCAAUCAGGACGAGCUGCGUCAAAUAUUCCCGCGCAUCAGAGAGCUGGCCGACAUCCACACCAAGUUCCUGGACAAGCUGAGGGAGUCGCUGACGCCCAAUUCCAAACAGAAGAUGGCCCAGGUGUUCCUCGACUUCCGCGAACCGUUCCUCAUCUACGGCGAGUACUGCUCGUGCCUGCUGGGGGCUAUAGACUAUUUGGCGGACGUGUGCAAGAAGAACCAGAUCAUCGACCAGCUGGUGCAGAAGUGCGAGCGCGACUACAACGUGGGCAAGCUGCAGCUGCGCGACAUACUGUCGGUGCCGAUGCAGCGCAUCCUCAAGUAUCACCUGCUGCUGGACAAGCUGGUGAAGGAGACGUCGCCGCUGCACGAAGACUACCGCUCGCUGGAGCGGGCCAAGGAGGCCAUGAUCGAUGUGUCGCAGUACAUCAACGAGGUGAAGCGCGACUCCGACCAUUUGGUCAUCAUCCAGAAGGUCAAGGACAGCAUCUUCGACCUGAAUCUGCUGCAGAACGGCAACGGCAGCGACCUGCUGCAGUACGGGCGCCUGCUCCUGGACGGCGAGCUGCACAUCAAGGCGCACGAGGACCAGAAGACCAAGCUCCGCUACGCCUUCGUCUUCGACAAGAUCCUCAUCAUGGUGAAGGCGAUGCACAUCAAGACGGGCGACAUGCAGUACACCUACCGCGACUCGCACAACCUGGCCGACUAUCGCGUGGAGCAGAGCCAUUCGCGGCGCACCCUCGGCCGGGACACGCGCUUCAAGUACCAGUUACUGCUGGCCCGCAAGUCGGGCAAGACAGCCUUCACCCUGUACCUCAAGUCGGAGCACGAGCGGGACAAGUGGCGCAAGGCCCUCACCGAGGCCAUGGAAAGCCUCGAGCCGCCAGGCUGCCGCAGUACGGACCACAAAAUGGAGAUAUACACCUUCGACGCCCCGACCACGUGCCGGCACUGCUCCAAGUUCCUCAAAGGCCGCAUCCACCAGGGCUACCGGUGCAAGGUGUGCCAGAUCAGCGUGCACAAGGGCUGCAUCUCGUCGACGGGGCGUUGCAAGCAGAAUCCGGUGAGCGUGCCGCCACCCGUCUGCGAUCGUCAGCUGUCCGAGUUCAACUGGUUCGCCGGCAACCUGGAUCGGGAGACGGCGGCCCAUCGGCUGGAGAACCGACGCAUCGGCACCUAUCUGCUGCGCGUUCGUCCCCAGGGUCCAUCAACGGCCCACGAGACGAUGUAUGCUCUUAGCCUGAAGACCGAUGAUCAUGUGAUCAAGCAUAUGAAAAUCAACCAGGAGAACUCCGGCGACUCCAUGCUCUACUGCCUGUCCUCGCGAAGGCAUUUCAAGACCAUCGUCGAACUGGUUUCCUACUACGAACGCAACGAUCUGGGGGAGAACUUUGCGGGGCUCAACCAGUCGCUUCAGUGGCCCUUCAAGGAGGUGAUCGCGACCGCUCUGUACGACUACGAGCCGAAGGCUGGGAGCAACCAGCUGCAGCUGCGCACCGACUGCCAGGUGCUGGUCAUUGGCAAGGACGGCGACAGCAAGGGCUGGUGGCGUGGCAAGAUCGGCGACACGGUGGGCUACUUCCCCAAGGAGUACGUGCAGGAGCAGAAAGUGGCCAGCGAAGAGCUUUGAUAUUACAACUACGAGGUUUACUUUGCACCCAAGGCCAUCACGCCCACAACGGCAGCCAUUUCUGAAUCACCAGGAGCUGGAGGACCUGUCACUGCAACUGGAGGCGCCACUCAAGGAGCCCUCCUCGAGGAGGGCAUGGCAGCUAGCAUCCACGGCAGCCACAGCAACAACAAUUGCAGCUAGAUCGUAUCCCUAGUUAAAUAUAUUUAAAUAUACAAAUUGUUUUUAUUUGUGUUUAAGCACUUUUUGUUUUACAUUUUAUCACAUUUUGCGUCUGCUCGAAACAUUUGUGCCAAUCACUGGAAAAUUACAAAAUCGAAAUCGAAACAAAACAAAAUCAUCCACCAAUGUUCGCUUGAAAAUGUUUACUUUUACUGUUUCAAUUGUUUUCAAUUAUAUAUUGCAAAUAUAUAUGUAUAUGUUUACAUUUAUAAGAAAGUUUAGUUUUCUAAGUUUUAUUUGUGAGUGUUUGUCUUCCCAAUUUCUUUUUUUUUGUUUAUCAAAUUAAAUCGUUCCACGUCGAGUGAGAUUUUGUGCGAAUGGAAGGGAUAAUAUAUAUAUAUAAAAAUGCCCUGCGCGGCAUUUCCAUACAAAAUGAAGCUUUAAAAAUUUAUAUUCAUAUUAUUGUACUGCUAGAUAUUUAACCCUAGUUGAAACGCAAAUGUUAACAUAACGAAAGCAACGCAGCCACAAAAUGUUCGAACAGAAAAUAAGAAUACUACGAUGAUGAAACGACGAUAUGGAAGUAAAAGCUUUAGUAAUAACGAUAACCGUCAUAUUUACAAGAUGAUCAACAUUUUAAGCCAGCCAAUUUAUAGAUAUCUAUUAUUAACUAUAAUGUACCUAUUUAUAUAGCCAACAAUUAACAACCGAAAGAAUACUAAUGUUCACCGUGACGAUCUGAUGAUUCGAAAUUGUGUAGUUAGAAAACUCACCGAAGUUUUAAAAGCAAAUAUAUUCUGUUUAUUCCGCAACAAUCAGUCAUGCUCCCAUCUUCACUUAUCACGUUCAUUUAAAUUCAGACUCCAAGGUUCAUUGCAUUAUAUUAUUGCUUAUUUGUAAACGGUUUUAUAAUAAGUAGGGCAAUUAAAAUGUCGAGUCAAUCGAAAUGCAUCACCAACCAAAUCGGUUUAUUAUUAAUUAAGUACCGAAUUGUCUUAACCUAAAUGGUAUUCAACAUUUCUUUAAAGAGAAAAAAGCUAUAAAUAAUUGUUGAAAUUCAAUUAUAUUAUCACUAAAAUUAAUCAAAAGAGAACCCCGUGAAAGUGCAAAUGGGAGUAAGUCUGUGUGAGAAAGAUGAUUGAGCAAAUAAGAUAAAUUGAUCAGAAAACUGCUUACUAUAUUAAUGAUUUUUCUCUAUUCACUCAAGCACAGGCAAAUGCAAUUCAGAUCACAAUAAAUAUUCAAUGUUCUUUUUUACGCACAAAGCACAGCCGCAACAAUAGAAAACGAAUUAAGAACAACGAUCAAAUAGACUAUAGGUUUCAGACACUUUAUGUGCUAUUCAAGUGUAUUUGAGUAUGGUUUCAUAUUAAAUGCGAUGUGAUCUUAACUGAAUGUCGCACCGAAACGUUAGCAAUUCCGAAAGCUGCAUUUACCAACCUACUCGCUGUCUAUUUUCAACUGCUCUCUUGCUGUCCUUUUCCAAACGGCGUUUUGAAAAUCUCUUUCCUCAAAAAUGAUAGUUAAGUCAAUGUUGUUCGGACCUACGGUCUUUGCGUAUGUUUAAUUGCAAAUUGUCAAAUCCAGUUCUAUGCCAAUGUAAAAAACUUGUUCGUGGUUUUAUAUUUAAAUAAAACGAUUGGGAAAUCGCUGAAAACCCCGUGACGCGCUAAUAAACGAAAGUUUUGUUGUUCAAUUGAAAUCAAUUCAACGAGUCUUAUUUAUCACUUAUAAAAAACUCCAUAGUGAUGGACAAAAAUAUGUUCUUCGGUGUAUCACUUGGAUCGAUUUUAAUGUGAAUUGUAUUAGGUAUUUUAUUUUGUAUGUAUUGUUUAUCAUAUUUUGAUUACACAAUUCUUAAGUUUUUAAUCUGAAAAUAUAUUUCACAGACCAAUCGCUCUCCACAUAACAAUUUGUCCUGAUAUACAUGAUCGAUAUUUAGUAUUCUAUUUCAUAAUUUUUGUAUUCAUUGGCUUUUUAAAUUUAACAUUUACGUGUUUUUUGUCAUAACUUUUCAAUUCAUUAGCAAAUUCAAAAUAUGAAUUCCAUUUUAAAAAAUGCAACAUUUUUUUCUGCGUUGCAUUAUAAGCAAAUGUUAUCCAUAUGCAAAAUUA